UCGAAUUAGUGUGUCGACGUUUUUAAGGUAACGAGAAGAACGAUCGAAAAUGAGCGAUUACGGAUACGGCAGAAGGGGUGGAUCAGAUUCCAGACGUUCAGGGAGUCGAGGCGACGACGACGAUUACGAGGAUCGAGGACGAAGUACUCUCCAGCGUCUCGAUAGUAUUCAAGAUCCUGGAAAACGUUAUCUUCUCAGAGAGUGCAUAGGAUCCGGUGUAUGCGGGGACGUUUACGAAGCCAUUGAUCAGCAAGCAGGAAACAAGAGGGUCGCGGUAAAGGUGCAAAAGCUCACGCCUGAAUCGCAGUCUCUGAUCAUAGAAGAGUACAAAGUCCUUCGAGAUUUCGCGUCUCACCCUAAUCUGCCCGACUUUUACGGAAUCUAUCGCAGAAGAUCCGGCAAGAAGACCGAGUACGAUCAGAUAUGGUUCGUUAUGGAGCUUUGCGACGGUGGAACUGUGAUGGACCUCGUUCACGGACUUUUAGCCAUGGACAGAAAAAUGCGCGAAGAACACAUCGGUUUCAUCUUGAGAGAAGUGAUUCAGGCGAUGGCGUUUCUGCACGAGAACAACGUGAUGCACCGCGACAUUCGUGGCAGCAAUAUUUUGUUGACGAAAGAGGGCGAAGUGAAGUUGGUCGAUUUCGGAUUGUCGAGAACCGUGAAAGGCGAAAUGGGCAAACGGUACACGUGUAUCGGUUCGCCGUGUUGGAUGGCACCGGAAGUCGCAGCGAGCAAAGGGAACACUUCCGACGCUGGUUACGGAAACCGCGCGGACGUGUGGGCGAUCGGAAUCACCGCGAUCGAAUUGGCCGAUGGUAAACCACCGUUUCAAGACAUGCAUCCGACCAGGGCGUUGUUCCAAAUCGUUCGCAAUCCACCGCCAAAUUUGUACAGGCCGUCGAAUUGGUCGCAAAAUUUCAACGACUUCAUCGCCGAGUGUCUCGAGAAGAAUCCAGACAACAGACCUUUCAUGGCGGAAAUAGCCGAACAUCCUUUUCUAGCGGAUAUACCCGAGAACGAUUUUUUGAUGACGAAAGAGAUCAAGGUACUGAUGAUGGACGCGGGUACGAAAGGUAAACAGGAGAGGAGACCGGAAGUGAUAGUUCGAAAAGGUUUCCUCAAGGUAAUAAUCUUGAACAAACAUCUGUAUUUACCGGAUAUACGAUCUUUUCGUUUCUUCUUCGUGAUUCAGACCCACCAAACGGAUCCUCUUGAGCCUAUGUUCAUGGAAGAUCUCGCGGCACUCGAGACGCUCACGGAAGACGCGAUUUUGGACGAACUGCACGACAGAUUGCGGCAAGGUUACUAUCACAGUUUCAUCGGUGACAUUCUAUUGAUUCUAAAUCCGAACGAAAAACAGGACAUUUAUGGAUCCGACUAUCACACAAAGUAUCAGUUUAAAUCGCGAUCGGAUAACGCGCCUCACGUAUACUCGGUAGCGGAUAGCGCUUUUCAGGACGUGCUGCACAACGACGAGCCUCAACACAUUCUAUUGGCCGGAGAGAGUAAUUCGGGGAAAACGACGAACAUGAUGCAUCUGAUUCAGCAUCUCAUGUAUCUGGGGAAAAGCCUGCAAGAUACAGGAGCUAGACUGAUGAGAGCCAUAAAAGUGCUUCACGCGUUUUGCAACGCCGCCACACCGUUAAAUCCUAACUCGACCAGAUGCGUGUUCCAAGUGCAAACCACCUACGGAUCUUCCGGCAAAGCAUCAGGCGGUAUAUUCUGGUUGUAUCAGCUUGAAAAGUGGCGCGUUUCUACUCGCGACAGAAACCAAUCGAAUUUUCACGUGUUCUACUAUUUUUACGACGGUCUCGACGUCACGAACAAAUUGAAACAGUAUAAUCUAUCGUCUGGAAGAAGGAUGCGAUAUCUUCGAAUCAGCGAAAAGGGAACGGAACGAAAGCGAUCGUUCAAAGUUAGGAACGAUCCACGCGGGAACGUAACGAAGUUCGAAGAGCUGAGGGAAAAUCUGAAAAUCUUAGAGAUGGAAGAAUAUUGCGAGACGAUCUGGAAAACUUUGGCGGCGAUUUUGUGUUUAGGAGAGGUUCGAUUCGUCGAAGGUAACAACGGAGAAGCUGACAUGGAUAAUCACGACGCUGCUAACAGAGUGGCUCAACUGCUCAAUCUGGACGAAAAGAAGUUUGUUUGGUCAUUGCUGAACUACUGCAUAAUCAGCGGUGGCGCCGUGGUACGCAAAAAAUACUCCUGCGACGAAGCGAAAGAAGCAAGAGACGUCUUAGCCAACACGCUCUACCAGAGAUUGGUAGACUGGAUAAUAAACACCAUCAAUCAGAAGUUCACGGUUACUCGUACUUUGUUCGGAGACAAAUACGGGAUCAGCGUGAUGGACAUGUUCGGAUUCGAGUGUUUCGCGGUGAACCGAUUGGAGCAGCUGAUAGUGAACACGAUGAACGAACAGAUGCAGUGUUAUUACAAUCAGAGGAUAUUCGCCUGGGAAAUGCAAGAACAAGAGGAAGAAGACAUACCCGUGCAGCGUUUACAUUUUUACGAUAACAAGGAUGCGAUAGAUCAUCUGUUGAGCAAGGACAGAGGUUUGUUCACUUUGAUCGACGAAGCGUCGAAACACAUGAUGGAUUAUCAGUACGUAAUGAAUAAAAUAGAAGAACGAUCGGGCAACGUUUACGUAAAACCGGCAAGCGCUCACGAGUUCACCGUUGCUCAUUAUACGGGAAAAUUGAUUUACGACGCCAGCGAAAUCGCCGAGAAGAAUCGUGACUUCGUGUCGCCAGAGAUGAUCGAGACUCUCAGGCUAUCGAGCAUCGAACCCGUGAAGGAAAUGUUCACGAACAAACUGACGAAGACCGGAAAUCUGACCAUCGUCGUCGAACAUCCGAAGGUCGCCGAUAAGAAGACGAGCAAAGGAAAGUGGGGCGCGCUCAUGCAGGAAACGUCGAAACCGAAGAGAUUUAACACCGCAUCCCGAGGGCAAUACUCGCAGACACGGAAAAUGAGAACGUGCGCGGCUACAUUUAAAUCCACCAGCCUUGAAAUCCUUAAGAACCUUUCGGCAGGUGGCGGAAGUGGUGGUAUCCAUUUCAUCAGGUGCGUCAGAUCCGAUCUCGAAGGGGCGCCUCGUGGCUUUUACCGCGAGGUUGUUAGACAACAAAUCAGAGCGUUGGCUAUUCUAGACACUGCCAAAGCCAGACAACGUGGCUACCCGCACAGAAUACGCUUCCAAGAGUUUCUUCGAAGGUAUCAAUUCUUAGCGUUCGAUUUCGACGAAAACGUUGAAAUCACCAAAGAUAACUGCCGACUGUUAUUGGUCCGAUUGAAAAUGGAAGGUUGGAUGAUCGGGAAAACGAAAGUGUUUCUAAAGUAUUACAACGAGGAAUACCUAUCGCGCUUGUACGAGACGCAGGUGAAAAAGAUUGUAAAGGUUCAGUGUAUGAUGAGGGCCUUUCUAGCGCGUAAGAACAUGGCAUCGAAAAUCACCUCGACCGUGAAGAAAGAAGUCGUGAAGCAAGCGUCUUUAAAGAAGAAACCAUCGGUGGAAUUGUCGGAAGAUCAGGCAGCGGUAAUGAUUCAGAAAGCAUACAGGGGUCAUGCAGUGAGGAAGGAAAUGGCACCCCAACUUGGGAAGGGCCAGAUAGAUCCGGAGAAGAUGGACAUGAUGAAGUUUUACAGCAGCAAAUGGAGAUCGAAGAGUAUAUUCCAAGUCCUCCUACGUUACCGUGCAGCCCGCUAUCAAGACCUCGUGCAAUUCUCGCAACAAGUUCAUCUAUUCAAUCAAGCGAUAGUGGCGAGUCUGGAGAAGACCAAUAAUCAAAUAUCGAUAGAGAAGAUCGACUCGAAAGUUUCCGCGUCCGGAUACUUGGGCCAGAUGAGACCACCUCAAGUGCACAAGCUCCCUUUCAACUUUUAUAGCGACUUACCUUUCACGAGCGGCAACGCGGGGAUGAAAGGUUUCGGAUCCGCGUCGUCAUCGGCGUCUGACGACGAGCACGAAGCCUGGGACGCGCCAUUACGGAGACAAACGGUGCCUUGGGCCAACAGGAACACUCGUACCAGAGACGUCGAGGUUCAAACAACGAACUCGCCACAUCGAGUGGCGAAUUCAGGCGCCGAGGGACAGAGUCUGAUCAACACUCCGUUUUCCAGAGACCCAAAUAUCUCGGUCCGAUGUCCACCGGAAGAAUCAGCCCGAAGCAGAAUGGGUAACUCCGGGUAUCAACAACUUCCGAGCAACCGUAGUCCCGUACCAUCUGCUAACGCUCACAAUCCUCGCUCAAAUAAUUACGAUAGCACUGGAUCGAUACGCUCUAGAAAACACGCACCGCCACCGCCUAUUCCGUUCAAUCAGUCGCAACCACCCCCGAUGCGUAGCACCGACAAUUACGGUCAAGACGCUCGAAGUAAAAGCAACGUAGACAGCGGUAGCAACGAUUGGGAGUUCGACGACAGAAUUAACAGAAAUGCCGGCAAUGUUAAUCGCGUCAAUCCGAUACAGGAACUGCAAAUGAUAGGUCGUAGAAAUAACAAUGUCGGUAACGACGACGACGAACCACCGUUCAAUUUCCAGGCGAUGUUGAGGAAAACGAGUCACAACAGAGCGUCGAUGAAACGUACUCCCGUCUACGAUAGCUAUGCCCCUUCACCACUGCCAGGUUCCGGAUACCGUGGAACCCGUGAGACCGAGUCGAACGUUGUUUACAGAAGCGGCGGAAGUCGUAGAGAUUCCGCCGAAUGGAGUCCGAACGAGAUGGUAAGAAUGUCCGAAAAGUACGGAAAAGAAGGAGCUUGGGGAGAAGAUCGGUCCAACACGGCUCAACGAGGCCAAACAACUUCGGAGAGCGUCACAGCGGAGAUUGCGCCAGGAAUCGUUGUCGAAGGCUACGUGGCCGAAUUGUAAACAACGAACGCUUCUUUCGAGCAUAAUUCGCAAACUGUGUCCUUCUUCUUUCGAUCAAUUUCGAAAUUCAGCUACACCUUCUGCCCUCGUAAGCGAGAAGUAUGAGUAAGUUGGGCGUGUGGUGGAGGAAAAACAACCCUUUCCUAUACGUGUCGAUAUCGAACGAUGUUUCGAACUGUUUAAACGACGAUAAUAAAUAUGCGAACACGUCUAUUGAAACGUUGUACGAUUGAAAGGAAAAAGGACACGGCUAAACAACCGAUGAACGCUUCUUAUGUGUCGAACCAUGUAUACAAAAACUGGAUUCAGUUGGAAUUGCGAAUGUCGCGUAAAAAGAGAAGAACAAGGAAAAGAAGAAGCGGAACAAAGAAGCUUGUAAAGAUACCUGUAGAUGUCCCGAUGGAAACAAAUGUAAGAUUCGUAUGAUCGAAUUGAACGAUUGAUGCCCAAAAUCCACCAACGUUGCUGACUCGGAGAGACUCUUUUUAUCCACAAAUAUGUACAUACAUUGUAUAUUUUUAGCACUUUUCUUUUUCUCUCUUCUUUCUUUCUUUUUUUCUAAAUGAACACGAACAACACGACGAUACAACGCUUCUUUUGUAAUUUCUAUCUGUACCUCGAGCGACCGUGAUGUCGGCGAUUCUUGUCCAAUGUACAAUAAUUUUUCAUGGAAGGAUUCGAUUUCCAAAAACGUGCCUAUGUUCUCGAACAGUUAGCAAUGCUCCUUACCGACGCGCAGUAUCUCAUCGUCCUUUUUUUUAUAACGGCUGUAUUCGCAAACGAAGAAAAAAUUACCGUUACCUUUAUCGAUAAUUCGUACGGCCAUGCGUACCUACCAUGUCACACCGUUAUUACAACGCAAAAAACGAAACGAUCAAAAGGCGAUCAAGUUCGUAUAUCCAAUUCGAAACGAUGCUUCUGUACCCCUUUGCCGCACGCAAUUCACAUUCAUCGAUGGAAUCGAAUUGUCAUCGAAAAAGUGCACCUUGCACCAUUUGCAAAGAUUGGCUCCAUUUGCAAAGCACGAAAUUCCACUCACUUUUACGAAGUAAAAUAUUUAUAAAAAUUUCAACCGACUGAUGCACGAUUGUCAAAAAUUUUAAACAAUAAAGAGUUAAAAACUACGCUACUUUUAUCCCGAAAGCAAAUCCUUCUACCCUCAUAUCCCAUCAUUUUUCGUAUCGUAAAUGUUCUCAAAGCAACCAAUAGCGAUAAACAAUUUUAUUACUUUUCUUAUAAAAUUUUGGCGGAUAUAACAAUAAAAAUACUUUGCACCCUGUAAACGCGAUACUGGCCAUCGGACAGUGACUAUAAAAGCGAUAUUUACAAUAUUAUACGAAUAUACAUUUAAAAAAUAACAACGAUCAACCAUAUCCUUGUUCGUUUACGAAUCACAGAGAAAUUAUAAUACUUUUAAGGCAAUUAUCAAACAGAUCAUUACAUCGUUAAUACGCAUUUAAGAAAGUUGCGCAGAAAAGUCUUGAACUUCUUGAAGCUCGUUACCCAACCCGAAAUUCAAUUUCAAU